AUCGCCUUUGCCCAACAUCAAACGAUUGGAGUCUCUCUCUCACAGCAUACAGACAAAUAGAUACGAACACGCAGAAGAAAAGAUGGAGGCAUCGAUCCAGUCAAUUGCGCUAGCAACGGUUCUGGCCGUUCUGACCACAUGGGCAUGGAGGGUGGUGAACUGGGUGUGGCUGAGGCCGAAAAGGCUCGAGAGGCUCCUGAGACAGCAGGGCCUCUCCGGCAAACCCUACACCUUCCUGUUCGGUGACCUCAAGGAGAACUCGCGGUUGCUCACAGAGGCCAACUCCAAGCCCAUCGCCGUCUCCGACGACAUCAAGCCUCGUCUCUUGCCUUUCUUGCAUCAAUCCUCCCAAACCUAUGGCAAAGACUCGUUCAUGUGGAUAGGACCAACACCGAGAGUGCGCAUAACGAACCCCGAACAACUAAAGGAGAUCUUCUCCAAGAUAAACGACUAUCCCAGGCCAGGCUCCAAUCCCCUAGUGAAGUUGCUCACGAAUGGACUCUUUGAUCACGAGGGCGAGAAAUGGGCACGGCACAGAAAGAUCAUCAAUCCAGCAUUCCACAUGGAGAAGUUGAAGCUUAUGUUGCCCGCAUUUUAUUCAAGUUGCACUGAGAUGGUUGGUAGAUGGGAAAAAUUGGUAUCGGUAGAGAGAUCCUGUGAGAUCGACGCGUGGGUCGACCUUCAAAAUUUGACCCGUGAGGUGAUCUCUCGAACAGCGUUUGGCAGUAGCUUCGAAGAAGGCAAAAGGAUCUCCGAACUUCAGGGGGAACAAGCCCAGCUCACGAUAAUAGCCCUUCAAUCGGUCUACAUCCCUGGUUGGAGGUUUGUGCCAACUAAGAUGAACAGGAGGAUGAAGAGCAUAGAUAAGGAAGUGCGGGCUCUGCUCAUGGACAUCAUCCGCAGAAGAGAGAAAGCAAUAAGGGAAGGGGAAGCUGCUGGCGAUGAUCUGCUGGGGCUGUUGCUGGAGUCAAACAUGAAGGAGAAUGUCGGGAUGAGCCUUCACGAUGUGAUGGAGGAGUGCAGGCUUUUCUACUUCGCCGGACAAGAGACCACUUCGGUCUUGCUGGUUUGGACCAUGGUCUUGUUGAGUGUGCACUCGGAUUGGCAAGCACGAGCUAGGGAGGAGGUCCUCCAAAUCUUCGGAAGCGGGAAACCUGACCCUGACGGCUUAAGCCACCUCAAGAUUGUCACAAUGAUCUUAAAUGAGGUGUUGAGGCUAUAUCCACCGGUGACUGAGAUGACGCGGAAGGUUCCUAAGGAAACAAAACUAGGGAAGCUGACCAUCCCCCCGGAAGUCCAGCUCUUAAUGCCGACACUCCUCAUCCACCAUGAUAAAGAACUUUGGGGCGAGGAUGCCGAGGAGUUCAAGCCAGAGAGGUUUGCCGAGGGAGUGUCCAAGGCCACCAAAAACCAAGUCUCGUUUUUUCCAUUCGGAUGGGGCCCUCGUAUAUGCAUCGGCCAAAACUUCGCGUUGAUAGAGGCAAAGAUGGCGCUCGCCAUGAUUCUUCAGCAGUUCACCUUCGAGCUCUCUCCAUCUUAUGCGCAUGCUCCUUCUAAUGUCAUCACCCUCCAGCCACGAUAUGGUGUUCAGGUCAUCUUGCGCAAGGCAAACUAAAAGUUACAGAUCAGGGUGACAUGUAGUGUAGACAAAUACGUGGAUAGAUAUAAUGUCACUGUUGGAAAUGGUGAUCCAUUUUCUAGAAUUUCCUAGAGUUGCUAAACUUCUAGAAUUACCUAGAUGAAGUUUCUGGAAGAAAGAGGAAAAUGUCCAACAUGUAAGAGAAGUCUCUAGAAGAACUACAAUCUAGAAUUUCCUAGAAUAAGCCUAAGUGGACAACAUUCCACAUUAUUCUAGAAUGUUGUAUUUAGUCUCUAUAAAUAGGAAAGACGGAAAGCGUAGCAAAACAACAAAUGUAAAAGAGUGAGAGGAGCAUGAGAUAAUACUCCAUAUUAUGAAUCUCCUCCACCAACACUUCCUUCAACUAUUGUAAAAUUGAAACUAUUUACCAUAUCCA